UACAUGAACAUGGUUGGCACACUUAGAUACAUUGCAGACUGUACACAGCCAGAUAUAGCAUUUGCAACAAAUCAGUUAGCAAAAUACCUUAAUGACCCUGGUAUGGAGCAUUAUCUGGCACUUAAACAUUGUUACAUGUACUUAAAAACUAUGAACAAUGUCUGGCUCCAACUUAGUAGCACAAAUCAAUCAAUAUUGAACAGCUAUACAGACACAGACAGUAUGAUGCAAGAAGGGCAUUGUGCAAUAUCAGGAUAUGCAUUUUACUUGAGUGAUUCAUUAGUUUCAUGGUCAAGUAAAAGACAAACACUGGUGGCAAAUUCAAUGUAUGAAGCUGAAUUAAUAGCUCUUACAAGAGGAACACAGGAAGCAAUUGCACUUACUCAUUUAGCUGAAGAGAUUCUGCAGGUCUCUGAUGCACUAAUUGAUAUCUAUUGCAAUAACAAUGCUGUUAUACAAACAGUUACAUUGGACGAACUCAAAUAUUCAGAACGAACAAAGCAUUUAGAUCAUAAGAAAGAUUUUAUUAAAUGCUACAUUGAGUUAGAGUACAUAAAUGUGAAAUACAUACAGACG